GGCCUCUUCUGCCUCUUAGAACCUUCCUGCGGUCGUGCUCGCAUCUCGCUGCUGCAGCCUCCGGGGCUACGUUCCAUCCUUUCAGUCUGAGACCGGCCCAGAAGAAAAAAAAACCUCAAAAACCUUAAUUAUCUUUUCUUGCUCGGUACCUAUAUUGGAACCAUCGAAAAAAAUUUAUUACAGUAAACCCUAACCAUGAGGGAAAUAGUGCACAUCCAGGCCGGACAGUGUGGCAACCAGAUCGGUGCUAAGUUCUGGGAGGUGAUAAGCGAUGAACACGGCAUCGACCCCACCGGUACCUACCACGGGGACAGCGACCUGCAGCUGGACCGAAUCUCUGUGUACUACAAUGAAGCCACAGGCGGCAAGUACGUCCCUCGAGCUAUCUUGGUGGAUCUAGAACCCGGGACUAUGGACUCCGUUCGCUCAGGUCCUUUUGGCCAGAUCUUCAGACCAGACAACUUUGUCUUUGGUCAGUCCGGGGCAGGCAACAACUGGGCUAAGGGCCACUACACAGAGGGAGCUGAGCUGGUUGACUCUGUCUUGGAUGUGGUGCGGAAGGAGGCAGAGAGCUGUGAUUGCCUGCAAGGCUUUCAGCUGACCCACUCCCUGGGUGGAGGCACGGGCUCUGGCAUGGGCACCCUGCUCAUCAGCAAGAUCCGAGAAGAAUAUCCUGACCGCAUCAUGAAUACCUUCAGCGUGGUGCCCUCACCCAAAGUGUCUGACACCGUGGUUGAGCCCUACAACGCCACCCUGUCUGUCCAUCAGUUGGUGGAGAACACGGAUGAGACCUACUGCAUCGACAACGAGGCCCUCUACGACAUCUGCUUCCGUACCCUCAAGCUCACCACACCCACCUACGGAGACCUGAACCAUCUUGUCUCAGCCACCAUGAGCGGUGUCACCACCUGCCUCCGUUUCCCGGGCCAGCUUAACGCCGACCUUCGAAAGCUGGCUGUCAACAUGGUGCCGUUCCCCCGUCUCCACUUCUUCAUGCCUGGCUUCGCGCCUCUCACCAGCCGCGGAAGCCAGCAGUACCGGGCCCUCACGGUGCCUGAACUCACCCAGCAGGUCUUCGACGCCAAGAACAUGAUGGCCGCCUGUGACCCACGCCACGGCCGGUACCUCACAGUCGCGGCCGUCUUCCGCGGGCGGAUGUCCAUGAAGGAGGUGGACGAGCAGAUGCUCAACGUGCAGAAUAAGAAUAGCAGCUACUUCGUGGAAUGGAUCCCCAACAACGUCAAGACAGCUGUCUGUGACAUCCCACCACGCGGCCUCAAGAUGGCGGUCACCUUCAUUGGAAACAGCACGGCCAUCCAGGAGCUCUUCAAGCGCAUCUCCGAGCAGUUUACGGCCAUGUUCCGCCGGAAGGCUUUCCUCCACUGGUACACGGGUGAGGGCAUGGACGAGAUGGAGUUCACCGAAGCUGAGAGCAACAUGAAUGACCUCGUCUCUGAGUAUCAGCAGUACCAGGAUGCCACCGCGGAAGAGGAAGAGGAUUUCGGAGAGGAGGCAGAAGAGGAGGCCUAAGGCAGAGAGCCCUGCUUCACCUCAGGCUGCUUAGUUCCCUCAGCUUUCUCCAGCUGCCCUUUGUCCUCCCGUUUUUUUCUUUCUGCUGCCUCUGUCCUGUUUUUUUUCGUUUUGUUUUCUCAUUGGGGGGUAAACAGUGCCUGGCACGUGUCGGGCACUCAAUAAAUAUUUGUUUGUGGAA